ACCACCUCGUCAUUUUCAUUUCCAUUUCUCAGUGUUGUUGUUGUUCUUCUUUUUCUUCUUCAUCCAUGACUUUCCCUCAGCAUCACUUCCAACGGCACUACCAAGCCCAACAACAACAGCCACAAACCAAAUCCUUCAGAAAUCUGCAAACAAUCGAUGGUCAAAUGUCACAGCAGGUUGCGUUUUACAGCCCCACUGAUUUGCAAGAUCAGCCCCAGCAUCCGCCCUAUAUUCCUCCAUUUCAUGUUGUUGGGUUUGCCCCGGGUCCUGUUCCUCCUGCUGAUGGCAGUGAUGGUGGAGUUGAUUUGCAAUUGCAAUGGAAUUAUGGUUUGGAGCCAGAGAGGAAGAGACUAAAAGAACAGGAUUUUUUGGAGAACAAUUCUCAAAUAUCUUCUGUUGAUUUCCAUCAACCCCGAUCAGUGUCGACUGGGUUGGGCUUGUCACUUGACAAUACUCGCCUGACUUCCACUGGAGAUUUGGCUUUGUUGUCGCUCAUUGGUGAUGACAUUGAACGUGAGUUGCAGCAGCAGGAUGUAGAGAUAGAUAGGUUUCUCAAAGUGCAGGGUGAACGAUUGCGACAAACAAUCUUGGAGAAGGUUCAGGCAACACAGCUUCAGAGUGUCUCACUCAUUGAAGACAAAGUCCUUCAGAAACUUCGCGAGAAAGAAGCUGAGGUAGAAAGCAUCAAUAAGAGGAACAUGGAACUCGAAGAUCGAAUGGAGCAGUUAACUGUAGAAGUUGGUACAUGGCAACAGCGAGCAAGAUACAACGAAAACAUGAUUGCUGCUCUCAAGUUUAACCUACAGCAAGCAUAUGUUCAAAGCAGAGAUAGUAAAGAAGGGUGCGGUGACAGCGAAGUAGACGAUACAGCCUCUUGCUGCAACGACCGUUCACUUGAUUUUCAUCUGCUUUCGAAGGAGAAUACUGAUGUGAAAGAGAUGAUGACAUGCAAGGCUUGCAGAGUCAAUGAAGUGACCAUGGUUUUGUUACCUUGUAAGCAUCUUUGCCUCUGUAAAGAUUGUGAAAGUAAGCUUAGUUUCUGUCCUCUAUGUCAAUCCUCCAAAUUUAUCGGCAUGGAGGUCUACAUGUAACUACAAAUUAUACUACUACACUACACUUGAAAUCUCUAAUUUUAUGUUGUUAUGCGAGUCUCUUCUUGUAGCUUGUGUCUCCAAGGACCAUAAUGACACCUUGUAAUUAGUUUUUAAGAUGCAUUUGACCAUAAAGAAUUUCACUUAUUUGAGAACAGUGGUGAAUUUAGAAAGGAUGUCUAUUGAUGCCAACAUGCACGUGGUUGUGACAUCAAUGUUGGAUUGAGGGAUUUGAGGUCCAA